GAACGACGGGGUGCCUGCAGGCACGUGGGAUGUUGCUGCUUCCCGUGCUGGUGGCGGUUGCAGUGUGCUGGAUGCCGUUCAUCAGCAGCGUUGUUGGAGAGGUGACGCUGUUGGAGGAUGAUGCGGGCGCGCUUCACAUCAACACGAGCGACCCCAUGAGCCAGCCCGUGUUUGUGAACGGGGUGAACGUGCACGACACGCUCAGCAUGUUGAUGAGCACCGUGUCGGCGCAGCAGAGCACAAUCGAUCGCGUCUAUGGAAAAGUGUGCACCCCGAGUGCCAGAACGUUCGGCAAACUUGAGACGUCAGGAAACAAAUGGAUUGGCGGGGUACUGGCCAACAACGGCCUAAUCUAUGCUGUGCCAUUCUUCGCGUCCUCCGUGCUCAUCAUUGACCCCAGCUCUAACACCGUCGACACGACCACUAUCGCUGAGUUUGCUAGAGGCGGAGGCAAAUGGGCCGGUGCAGCUUUGUCACACAACGGUCUCAUCUACAUGUUCCCGUCAAACACGCAGGCGAUCCUCACCAUCGACCCAGUCACCAACACAGUUGACACCACGACGUUGGAUGAUUUGCCACCUUCCAGAAACAAAUGGUACAGCGGAUUGGCAGCAAACAAUGGCCUCAUCUUCGGCAUUCCUUUGUACUCCACAUCUGUGUUGAUUGUGGAUGCGAUGACCAACACCACCGACAUCACCACGUUGUCAGGGCUUUCCUCGGAGGGUAACAAAUGGUACGGUGGCGUCCAGGCAGACAACGGCUUCAUCUACUGCAUUCCGUUGCGGGAAACAUCGGUCCUCAUCAUCAACCCUGUCUCUCUCACGAUGGACCUCACGACCCUCUUCGGCUUGGACUCGGGCGCUGUUUGGCAUGGGGCUGUCCUUGCGAACAAUGGUCUCAUUUACACUUUCCCUGGUUUUACAAAGAAGGCGCUCGUCAUUGAUCCAGCCUCAAACACAAUCAGCCCCCUGGUUGUGGCCAGCCCAACUUCUUCAGUCAAGUGGCUUGGUGGCGUGCUCGCACCCAAUGGCAACAUCAUUGGCAUUCCAUUUGGCUCACCAAAUGUCUUCAUCUUCGAUCCAACUACCAACACCACUGACACAACAAGCAUCGGUGGACUUGCUGGUACCCAAAAGUGGUAUGAUGGCGUGCUCGCACCAAACGGCCUCAUCUAUGGCAUCCCAGACUUCGCAGAUACCGUCCUUGUCAUCGACCCUGGCUGCUAAUUGCGUCUGUAUGUCAUCACACUAACCC